AUGUAAAGAUUUCAUCCUCACAACUUCCACAUCCACACCACAUCUCUGAUGAUUCCUGUAAAGUAAUAAACAAGCUGAUGGACAACUAAAAUUUAAAGGGAUUGUCUGUUUAGAUGUCUCCUAGCUGAUGUUAAAAUAGUAACAUCGGGGGAAACGUAAAACUUCCUAGAGUUGCUGUGAUAGUAACAUUGGGAAACGUUAACUUCCUCCAGUUGCAGUGUUAUAUUUAGCAGCAUCUACUGGUGUCUGUGAUAGCAGUGUAAGAGACCUGAAUGCUGUCUGUUAUACGACAGUGUUUUAUUUCACAAGAAGUACCGAUAUUUAGGAUGAUGUUAAUUAUAAGCUAGGAGUGUGUGAUGAGAGAGAAAUGGUUAAAAACAGCACGUAGGAUCACAACAAGAAAUCAUCUCUUUGAAAGAAAGUGAUACACAAAAUAUUGAACAACUGCUUCACAAGUAAAGAACACUUUAUGAGAGUGUGGGCACCAUAUGGGGGAAAUAUCAACAGAUAGUGGCAUGGAUCGUUGGGUCUGUCCAAAUGAUAGACAACUGGCUCUCAGAGCUAAGUUGGGAACAGGGUGGUCAGUUCACACAAACAAGUUCAGUUCGUUCCAGAAAUCACAACACCUUAGUGCCGAGGAACAAGAACAAAUUAUGAAUGUUAUCCAGAAAGCUGACUAUCUAGAAAUGGUUGAACAAGAACGAAUAGGGAGACUGGUAGAAAAAUUGGAUAACAUGAAGAAGAAUGCAAUGGGAAAUGGAUCAACACAAUGUGUUCUUUGUGGGGAUGAAUUUGGGCUUCUAGGGGCCUCACCAACUUACUGUGAUGAUUGUCAUAAGGCUGUAUGUACCAAAUGUGGUGUAGAUACACAGAACUGUAAUCGUCAGCCACUCUGGUUGUGUAAAAUUUGCAGUGAAAAUAGGGAGGUUUGGAAAAGAUCUGGAGCUUGGUUUUUCAAGGGGCUGCCAAAGUAUGUGAUUCCUGAGAAGAAAGCUGAAACACCUAAACAUGGCGCGGCGAAUCAUAAAGGGAAGCUUGAAUAUAGGGGCUCGCAAAAGGGUCACCCUGCUAGCGCACCUAGAACAUAUAACAACUGGAGCAGAGGCAGGGGAAGUCAAGGUACAAGCUAUGGUGAGAGUAGUGACCACGAGUCAGAAAGCAGCUCUGAAGAUGAUGUGAGCAUUGGCAAGAGAAAGGGUAGAAGAGGAUCAGCCGAGAGUGAUGCUAUGAGUAUGACAAGCAGUCAGAGUGGCCAGAUUUAUUCUAGUCAUGUGAGAGAGAGUAAAACGAGCAUUUCUAGUGAUAGAUAUGGUCACAGUCAGCUGAGUGCCACUGAAAGUAGUCGUGGUGAUGAUUUCCAUGAUGAAACAGACAAUGACAGUAUAGGAGGGUUUAGUCGGACCGGCUCGAUGCAAUCACGUGAUCUACCUUACACCCAGCAUGUCAAACCGGUUCAACCGGCAGUAAAGAAAACCGAGGAUGUUGAUAUAGAGGAGGCGUUUACCAAAUAUGGUCAAUCUGAUGAUCCCCCAUCUUCCCCAGACAGUGAAGGAGGUUGUCUGGGAGCCUUGGAUUUUUCACUGUUAUAUGAUCCAGAAAGCCAAGCCUUACAGUGUACUAUAAGCAAAGCUAAGGGAUUGAAAGCUAUGGAUUCCAAUGGACUCUCAGAUCCUUAUGUAAAACUACAUUUGUUGCCUGGAGCAACCAAGUCAAACAAAUUAAGGACCAAGACAAUACAUAAAACAUUGAAUCCACAGUGGAAUGAAGUGCUCACAUAUCAUGGUUUGUCCGAGGAAGAUAUGGCUAAGAAAACACUGAGAUUGGCAGUUUUAGAUGAAGAUGCAUUUGGGUAUGAUUUCAUCGGAGAAACAAGGGUACCAUUGUACAAGCUCAAAAACAAUCAACUGAAAAAUUUCAGUGUCUACCUAGAAAAUCAAAUACCAUCGGAGAAAGAUGAUGAUUUGAUGAACAAUGACAGAGGGAAGGUAUUACUGUCACUACGAUAUUCAACAUCUAAACAAGCUCUUAUUGUUGGUAUAAUACGAUGUUCGGGACUGGCUGCCAUGGACUCAAAUGGCUAUUCUGAUCCUUAUGUUAAAUUAUAUUUGAAGCCUGACAGAGACAAGAAAUCCAAGUUUAAAACUGCUGUAAAGAAGAAAACAUUGAAUCCAGAAUUCCAUGAGGAAUUCACUUACCAAAUCAAACACAAUGAAUGUGCCAAGAAAACCUUAGAAAUUACUGUCUGGGAUAGAGACAUUGGAAAAAAUGACUUCAUAGGGGGUGUACAGUUAGGUAUAAACUCUAAAGGAGAGAGAUUGAAACACUGGUUUGACACACUGAAGUUUCCAGAUAAAAAAUAUGAACACUGGCAUACAUUGUCAGCAGAAUUGGUGCCUGAGGUGCAAUAGAUAUUGUGUUGCAUGAUUAUUUUGUUUUAUCCGGAUGAUUAAUCUAAAAAUAGAGGUCAUGUGAUCUGGAUGGUUCUCUGCUUCGCAAUGGAAAAGUGCAGCAUUAUGUGUGCUCAGUUACAACUGACUGUUUUUUAGAUAAGACAAUCUAUUAGAAUCUCAUGGUAGUUUUGGCAACUGUUCAAGUAUAAAUAUGAUAGAUUGAAAAUCUCAGCAAGAUAAAAACUCUUCAAAGUAUUACAUGUAACUAGGAAAUGGAUAUAUAGAAAAAUUGUAUGAUUUUCAAAAAAUGUAACGGUUUAUUUAGGAAAAUGAUGGUAUAUUUUUUGUAAGAAUGUGUUAUGUUGUGAUUUGGGAAGUUAUUAACAUAAAAAAUUAAGUGCGUUACUUAGACCAUUACAUGAUUUAUUAACAAAGUAAUAUGGUUACAUGGGGAAUGAUUUUUAUUCACUAAAAAAAAAAUUAAAUGAUUCCCUUUCAAAAUUGUGUGAUUAUGAAGAUUACAUAUAACAUAGACGGGUCACUCUUCAAAUAAAAGAUUGACUGAUGACCCAGAUUCCGAGGAAGACCAGAUCAUGAUAAUCAAAUCGGCACUGAAAUGAGUUAUGUCCAGACAGUUAAAGAUAUUCUUAGGUUGAUGAUCCCUUUCUAUUCAAAACAAAAAAAAAUUUCAUCUUGCACUGUUUUUUUUAUUCUGCUGAUAUUUGUGAAAGUCAUUUUAUUGGUCUAGAAUUAUGAAUAGUCAAGUUUGGAAUGGUCAUUUUUUUUGCAAAAAUGCUCUAGUGUACUAAGCCUAUAGUAUGACCUUCAAAUUGUUUUGAAAAAAAGUUUUGAGUGCAGUUAAAAAUUUUCCAUGACAAGAUGAGUUCUAGUGUUGUACAAGUCAUGCUAUUAAGUUCAAAGCAUAUAAUAAUUAUAUAAUAAUUAUGCUAUUGACUUCUUCAAUUAAAUGAUUUAUAUACAUAUUAUCACCGACUGGCACAAAACAAUAACACAAAGCUGUUGUAGCUAUGCCCCUGCAUUGUUGUUAGAAAAGUAUGAAGUGAACUCAGAUUUAAUGAAGGUAAAACUUCCAUUACAGUUUUACAUGUCACAGAUGUAAUAUAAUGAAUUGUUCAUGAAGAAAAAUCAUGUACAAAGUAUAUAAAUUCUUCCGAUUCUGUAAAUACAUAUAUUAUGUAUAUUUGGAUGUAUUUUUACAAUCAAAUUAAUUAUCUUAAUGAUGAUGUUAAUGUUAAGGAAAUUGUAAUAUUUGCUUUUAGUGGAUAGUAGCAUAAUUUAUAGUUUGUCAUUUUUUCGGUCUUUGAUGAAACAUUAUAUUAUUUAACUGUAGAAUUGAUUAUUGUGCCUUCAGUUGAAAUAGGUUGUAUAUUUAUACACAUUCCAUAAUAUUAAAGACCAACCAAGACAUUCUUUUUUUUAAUUGAAGUUUUCUGUUUGAUACCUGUAUGACAAAUUUGAUUAAAUGAUCCUUACUGGUCCAAUGUGUCUGGAGUGAAGCCUUAACAUCUGGCCAUGCUACAACAUUAAAUAGUGGUUAACCACAACAACAUGGGGUCAUGACAGCUCUGUUGUCCAAACAAUUUUCAUGUUCCACUGAUAAGUCUUGGUAUGUCUUUAAGAUAUAACAUUCAUCGACUUAUGUCCAGAAUCAUCAUUCCAAUUGUUUAUGUACAUUUCCAGCAUAUUUCUUUUUUCAUGAACUAUAUAUUUAUUAACUGAUAUUUAUUUUGUACAAAUAUAGAAUUAUUUAAAUUAUAGUGUAUUAUAUGAAAGCAAAUAUGAAUAUUUUAUUGUGUAGGAUAGUAUAAAAUGAUAAAUGUUUAAUAUGUUGUUUGUUGUUUAAACAUGUAUACUACUUUAAGUAUAAUUAAACUGGUUACUAAUGCAAUAGAUCUGAAUUCUGAGCCCUAAAAUUGAAUCAUGUGUUUAAUUAUAUACGACAGUGGUUUCGAGAAAUAUUCACUUUAAUCAUGCAGAGAAGGUGAUUAUGUAUUUUAAUGAAAUUGCAUGAUUUACUUAAAUGAAAUAUAAAAUUAAGACAUGGUUUCCACAAAUUUAUCAAACAACCCUCGUAAUUCCAUAUAAACCAGUUGAUUGGUUGAAGAAUUAUAUUAUUCUUUAAGAUUUAAAGAUGCUACUGAAAUCAAAUAAUCCAUACUUAUAUAUGUUAUUUCUUUGUUUUUAGCUCACUUAAGCACAAAGUGCUCAAGAGAUGAGCUUUCCUGAUGGCAAAUCAUUCGUUGUCCAUUGUUUGUAGCUAUCCUUUAUUUAAACAACGUCUCAUCCUAAUUCAUAAGAUUUAUUUUUACCAAAUUUUCCUGAAAUAAUCCUUAGGUGGUCAUUUACAUAAAAUGGUUUCAGCUAAAUGCAUAAGUAGGUUGCAGGAGCUUAAUUAAAUUUUUAAAAAUCUUAUUUUUGAAACUACAAUACACAGAGCUGAGAUAUUUGGUAUGUAGCAUCAUCUUCUGGUUCAUUACAAAGGUAUAUAAACCAAGCCUUAAUGGUCAAAAUUGGCUUGCCUUGCACGUCACUUAAUUUAUUUAGAGUUAUAUAGGAUAAUGCAUUUAAUUUAAAUCUGCUUUGUGUAAACCUACACUGCCAAGAGCUUACAGUUUUAGCAUGUUGCAUUGCUUUGUGAACUUAAAACAAAGUAAUAUAAUUCAUGCCCCUAAGGAAAAGAAUGGCCGCGGUCUGCUACCAAGGAAAACAACGUUCAUGCCCUUUCACCUUAUUCAUAUAGAUUCAUAUAGUAAACGUGCAUUUGAUAUUUAUGUAACUGAUCUUUCCAGUCUUCCAUUGGCUUCUUACUUUUCACUAACUUCUUAUUAUUCAACUAUAUGUUUUAUCUUUCCCCAUCUCCUGUGUCUUCCAUUGUCUUCUUAAUUUUUUACAGCAUCCCUUCAUCUUCAUCUUCGAAUGUUUUCUUUAUCUUUCAAUGUUUUUUUUUCAUCUUUCAAUGUUUUCUUCAUCUUCCAAUGUUUUCUUUAUCUUUCAACGCUUUCUUUAACUUUCGAUGUUUUCAUCAUCUUCCAAUGUUUUCUUCUUCUUCCAAUGUUUUCUUUAUCUUUCAAUGUUUUUUUUUUCAUCUUUCAAUGUUUUCUUCAUCUUCCAAUGUUUUCUUUAUCUUUCAACGCUUUCUUUAACUUUCAAUGUUUUCUUUAUCUUCAACUGUAUCCUUCAUCUUUCACCGUAUUCUUCAUCUUUCACUCUCUUCUUAAUUAUUUACUCUAUCCUUCAUCUUCAACUGUAUCCUUCCUUUUCCACGGUCUUCUCAAUUAUGUAGUGUUCUUGAUGUCUUUUAGUAAUGUUCCAUUGCGUUCUCUUUAGUAUGAUUUUCCAGUUUGUAUUUCAUGUCAUUCUUCUACCUCAGUAGUUUCAAUUUAUGACAUGAAAUAUGUCAACAGUGAUGUAAAUUUACGUCGUCGUCGUUUUAUUUCUUUCUUUACUUUAGAAUCUUAAGUACAGAAAUUAUUAUUACAGUAUCCUUCCAAUUUUCUCACAUGAAAAUCUUCUAUUUGGAAUUUAUAACUAUAUGCGGAUUGCCCCCUAUUUAACGAUCUAUUACCUCAAGUUGUAUAUCCUCCAACUUCAAAGUUAAGUAAUCAAGAUUUAUUCAUUCAGCUCCAAUAUUAAUUAUUUUGGACAUUUUAUAUGAUAACUAUGUAAUUAUGUGUAUUCUAUUUAAUAAUUAAUCCUCUUUUAGACUAUGAUAUACAUUACAUGGUUGUGAAUUUUCUGUGAUUUUUGUUUCUCUCUAGUAAACCUUAAUGUCUAAUAAACUUGAUUGUAUAAUAUACAGUUCUGUACAAAGUGUAGUUAAGCCAGUGCUAGUGGACAUAAGGGAUGUUGAACUUAUACAGCGUUUCUCAUGAGCAGACUCAGUUAAAUCGAGUCUGCAAUUUCUAUAUUAUGUUUUCAGUGCUUCAGACGGAUCUCCCAGAUUUUUGUAAAGAAUUUUGAUCCAUAAAUAGUUGCAAUCUUAUAAAGAGAACCAAAUGUUUGUACGCCGUCAUUUAUCUUGUCAAACGUUUUUAGAACGAAUUUAUAAUACUGCAAUACUUUUUAAUUGAAGAAAAUUCAAAUUAAUACGUAAAUUCAAAGCAUCCUUGUAAACAAGCGCAUAUUAUCAACAUCUUGAUUUACCCAAUGUUGUCAUUGUUGCCUUAAAAGACUUUGUUUAUUCCUGUUAUCAGAGGGAGAGCGUGUAUAAAAACAACAGAUGUCCUAGUGUCAUAGGGUUAAACACUAGCAGUUUAACACCAGUUUUUUCUUUGUGCACAGUCAAGUGACAAAAAAUCACAAGCCAUGUAAAUAUUAGUAUGUAAUUCAAUACAUAUAACGUCUUUUACUUUAAUGGCAAUAUGUUACUUUGUAACGUAUGAUAAUUUCUGUAUAUUUUUUAUUACUGUAUAAGUAUGUUAUGUUACUGCAUGAUUUCAUGAACAAUAUAAUAGAUCUAAUAGAAAAUGAAACAUAA